CCUCCAUUCCAGCUCCGCCGCAAGAGCCGGAGAGGUCUGUGAUUGGCAUGCGCAGCUGGGCGCGGGGGCGCGGGCUGAAGGAGGCCAAGCGGCUGGGCCAGAGGAAUCGGCCGCGGCAGUCUGAGCGCCGGGACGACGGAGGGGGACCGGCCAGCCCCGAGGGCGCAUCUUCGCAGCGAGCAUGAGGCGCUGGUAGGCAGAGUGGCGGCGGGACGACCCCGGGCCAGCCAUGCUCACCAGGAAGGGGAUCAUCCCGGAGGAGUACGUGCUCACCCGCCUCGCCGAGGAUGUGCCGGAUCACACCCGCUACCGCGCCCGGGAGAGGAGGGCCAGGUUCGUGGGCAAGAACGGCGCGUGCAAUGUGGCGCACAAGAACAUCCGCGAGCAGGGCCGCUUCUUGCAGGACGUCUUCACCACGCUGGUGGACCUGAAGUGGCCUCACACGCUCAUCAUCUUCACGAUGUCCUUCUUGUGCAGCUGGCUGCUCUUUGCCAUGAUCUGGUGGCUCAUCGCCUUUGCCCAUGGGGACCUAGACCUGAGUACCCGGAUGCACCUGCAGGGUGACAGUGGGGGGCCUGGGGCGGGGGAGUUUGUGCCUUGCGUCACUGAGAUGCACUCCUUCACCUCGGCUUUCCUCUUUUCCAUCGAGGUGCAGGUGACUAUUGGCUUUGGGGGUCGCAUGAUGACUGAGGAGUGCCCAGCUGCCAUCCUCAUCCUUAUUGUGCAGAACAUCGUGGGGCUAGUGAUCAAUGCCAUCAUGCUGGGCUGCAUCUUCAUGAAGACCGCACAGGCUCACCGGCGAGCUGAGACACUCAUCUUCAGCAAGCAUGCUGUGAUCGCUCUCCGGGAGGGCAAGCUCUGUUUCAUGUUGCGCGUGGGGGAUCUGCGCAAGAGUAUGAUCAUCAGUGCCACCAUACGCAUGCAGGCGGUGAAGAAGACCAGCACCCUGGAAGGUGAGGUGGUGCCCCUCAACCAGAUUGAUAUCCAGAUGGAAAACCCAGUCGGGGGCAACAAUAUCUUCCUGGUCUCCCCACUGAUCAUCUACCAUGUGAUAGAUAAGAACAGUCCUCUGUAUGAGAUCUCUCCAGCCAACCUUCAUCAUCACGAGGACUUGGAAGUCAUAGUGAUCCUUGAAGGGGUGGUGGAAACCACGGGCAUCACCACCCAAGCCAGGACAUCCUACCUGGCUGAUGAGAUCCUCUGGGGGCAAAGGUUUGUGCCUAUUGUGACAGAAGAGGAUGGGCAGUAUUCAGUGGAUUACUCUAAAUUUGGCAACACUAUGAAGGUUCCCACCCCUAACUGCACUGCCAAGCAACUGGAGGAAGACAGGAGCAUCAUGGACACCAUCCUCUUGUCACCUAGAGGCACCAUAAGGAAAAGGUCUGUUAGGUUAAAGCCCAAAUUUAGUAUAGCCGAUGAGCCUUCCUGACACCACAUAGACCAGGCUCUUGAGUCUCACUAAUGCAAUAAAUAUACACUAUUAUGGCCUCUAUUUCUGUUAUUCAGGUUACUUUACAAGGUACAUAAGAUAUUGUUUCGUGCAAGACAGCUAAUGAAAAGUGGGCAUACGUAACCAUUCUGACUUUCCUAUUUAUUUGCACAAUCAUUUAGGGUGGAUAAACUAAAUAGAAAAAAAUGCCUUUUCCUGUGAAUUUUUUCUAUGUAUUGAUUGGGCUGUGUUAUUUAUGCUCUUACAUUGCAAAAACUUGAUCUAAUGUUUGUAACUGUUAUAUAAAAACAUGUCUCCCUCCCAAUACAGAAAGGGAGUUUGGUUCCAUUGAAUUUAUAACAAGAACAUCGCCUGUCAUUAUUUAUGAUAAAAGGCAGACGGUAGUUCCAAAGGUGCCUGUUUAAGAUAAAAUAUGUCUUAAAGAAAUAAAUGUUCAUAUUACUUUA